AUGCGAGUUCGCAAACUGGUCACUCUGCCUGUACGGCUUCCUCUCAAGCUUGUUGACAAGCUCGCACCCACUCUAAAGCGAUGGCGAAUCGAUCGCGCCUCAUCUGGUAGUUGCCCGGAAGAAGGUACAGCUGAGACCGUGUCGGAGAAGGCUCCCCAUACAUUACCAGUGGACUUACACCAACUAGAAGAAUGCCCCAUUUGCCAUGAUCCUGUCGGCGCUCCUAAUCCUGAAGGCACCAUUGAGUCCUGGAACUCCCUCGACUGCGGCCACAAAUUCGGUGACGUUUGCCUCCAGACCUGGCUCCAGGACUCUCUUGAUCGCGAAGAUCCGACCAACCCGGAUCCAACAUGUCCAAUCUGCCGCAGCGUGGCCAAACAUCCAAAUUGCGGGCAUCCGGUUUGCAAGCCACCGACAAUAGAUAUGGCCUGGCAUGCGUGGCAGCAGUACCAACAGGCCCUGCAGUUGGCGGCUGCUCUAGGAGGCGGACACCCAAGCCCAGGGCAUCGGCGCAAUCGGCUUCAGCGACGGGAAGGCCAUCCCAACAGACCAUCGUACACGCCACCGCGCCGGAUGGCCGACACAGUCGGAGAGUGCACCAUGUGCGCCGAGAUCUCAAAGAAGAGAGAGCAGGAAAAGCGGAUUCUCAGCGCAAUAGAGACGGGCCAUGCGCGCCAGGACAGCGAAGACGUAGAGGUUGCUGCCGUCAUAUCAAGAAAGAGCGGACUACUCAACCUGCGACGAAACAUACGAAGAUCGAAUGGCGAGUCAUCGAGUUCGCGCCCGGAUAGACAAGACCGAGGACGCAGCAUGGUCUGCAAUACCUCGGCACCGCGUCUUCCCACUCCCGCUCCAGUCGGCGAGAUGACCCUGGGCAGUCGGCGGAUAAGUUCUGUCUUUUAA